AUGCACCCUCAAAACUUUUAUCGAUAUAAUCCACCAAAUUUCAAAAUACUUGCAAAUAAGUAUCCCUCGUUUUAUAAAUUUAUAGUUAAUAAAGCUGAAAAGAUUUAUAAUAUAGAUUGGAAAGAUCCAAAUGCAACAAGAGAAUUUACCAGAUCUUCUGGUAACUCGAUCUUUAAAGAUUGGUUAAACGAAAAACUAAAUAAUUUAGGUAUUGAUGUAAAUAAUGUAGUUAAAGGUAUUGAUAUCGGAACAGGUGCAUCAUCUAUAUUUCCAUUACUAGGUGUUAAAUUAUUUAAAAAUUGGAGUUUUUUAGGAUUGGAUAUCGAUGAUAGCUCUUUAAAAUUUGCAAAAAAGAAUAUAGAAUUAAAUUCAUUAGAGUCCAAAAUAUCAUUAUUUAAAAAUGAAAACAAAGAAAAGAUAUUAUUCAACUAUUUUCAAGCAAACCAAGAUGAAGAAAAAAAUGAAGAGGUUUUUGAUUUUUGUUUAUGCAAUCCACCAUUUUUCAACGAUUUAAGCGAAACUAAUAUAAACCCAAAAUCGACAUGCACAGGAUCAGCAAAUGAAUUGGUUACAGAGGAAAAAUUUUGGAUUACCCAAUUCAAAAUUUUUACAGCAGAAUUAUCUCAAGGAAAUACACAUAGAUGGGUUAUGGGUUGGAUAGUAGAUGAUAGUUUUCAGCCAUCAUGUAUAAAUAAUAAUAAAAAAUUAAAAAUUAAUAAUAGUAAUGAUAGUAAUUACAAUAAGAAUAGUGAUUUUUUAACAAGAUUAGAAAGAAGGAAAUUUUAUAGAGAAGGUUUAAUGAAAGAGUUUAAUAACGACAGUAGUAAUAAUAAAGAAGAAAUAAUUAAUAGUUUAAAUAACCAUUUUAAUAAAAAUAAAAUAAUAAUAAAUGAUAAUAGUCGUGAAACUGAUACCACAGGAAAAGACGAAAAGAUUAUAGAAUGCAAAUCUUUUUUAAACAAUUUGGUCAACCAAAAUUUAGAUGAAGAAAUAGAGUUUUCCUUUAGAACAGAAAUAAAAUACAGUCAAAAUAAAGUACAAUCAAUUCUAUUAAAGCCUAUAGAGCCACCCGAAGAUGGGAAUAAACAAAUAAUAACUCAAAUUUAUUUUAUAUCAAAAAAUUAUUUCAAUCAAUUUUAG